AAUCCAUUUAGGUAUUUCAGUUUAGGUUUGUGCCUUUUAUUGAUACUAUAUUCUACUACCACCGUCUUACAUUUUCCUUCACUUUCGCUCUCAGCAUCCAAACACCACUUUAAAACCUCAGUUUUCCCAGAAAGUGAGGGAAGAAAACAAAAUCCGGGUAUUUACAUGAAGCACUCAAAAUCUCAAAGAACUCAGCUUGGAUACUUUAUUUCAGCUCUCAAAAGACUUUAACUUGCAUUCAAAGUCUCUUCCUUUCCUCACUCCUUCCGUGUUUUUUCUUGACUUUCUUAUAAUCCAAACACCAUAAAAGAAUUUGAAUUCUCUAGGAAUUCAGUACGGGUUUCUCUUGAAAAGUCUAAAAUACUUUCCCAGAUUUUCCUUCACUAUUCGUAUGAUCCUAGCACUACGAAGAAUUAAAAUUCUAGAUGGGGGUCUUUUCUUUUAAGGUCUCAAAAAUUGGUACCAGGUUCCGCCCAAAACCUUCUGUUCAAUCAGAUACUGUUUUUGAUGAGGUCUCAGAAAAUUCCAGAGAGAGCUCGGUGAUUGGCUCAAAGAACGAAUCAUCUACGAGAAAGGGCGAGGCUGACAUCUUUGAGGGUGCUGAGGAUGCAUUAGCUGUCUCAAGUUUAUCCUUCUCUGGACAUGAAGUUUCAUUGACAUUGAAUCUCUAUCCAGAUGGAUAUUCUAUAGGAAAACCCUCAGAGAUAGAGGCUGCUCAUCAGGCUCCACUUCAAGAUGGUCAGAAGUUGUUGCAUCCAUAUGAUAAGACUUCUGAAACGCUCUUUUCAGCAAUUGAGUCUGGCCGGUUGCCUGGAGAUAUUCUAGAUGAUAUUCCAUGUAAAUAUGUAAAUGGAACACUUGUAUGCGAGGUGCGUGAUUAUCGGAAAUGCGCUUCCAAGCAGGGGUCUAGCGUUCCAUUUAUGGAUGGGCUCCCUAUUGUAAAUAAAGUAUGCCUUAGGAUGUCAUUGGAGAAUGUAGUGAAGGAUAUCCCAUUGAUCUCUGAUAAUUCUUGGACGUAUGGUGAUUUGAUGGAAGUAGAAUCUCGGAUUUUGAAAGCAUUGCAACCACAGCUUUCUCUAGAUCCUACUCCCAAAUUGGACAGGCUCUGUAAUAGUUCAAUUUCAACCAAGCUCAAUUUAGAUCUGAGAAGUUUUCGCAGAAACAGAUUAAGGCAGACACCUGAAGUUACUGUCACAUCUACGAACAGAAUCCAUGGAACAAAUACUUGCAUCAACCGAGUGCCUGAAAGCUCUAACAGUAGGCUUGGAGAUUCAGGAAUCAUUUCAGGCAAUGUGAUGCCACAGCAUGUUCAGGAGAAUCAGACAACUCAAAACCUUGGCCCUAGCAGCAUGAUGGCCUUAAGUGCAAGAAGCUUUGCUCCAGAUGGCAAUGUUCCAACACUACCUUUGGUAUCCCAGCAACAGAGGUAUCAAAUGAGGAUUUCCCCAAGAAAUAUGCAGGAUCAAGGGUCAGGGUCUCCUGCCAACAUUUCCGGAGCUGCCGCCUUCGGCCAGGACAAGAUGGUUGCUCACUGCACCAUGAAUUCUGCCGCUCUUCUUGGGAAGAGGGAGAACCAAGAUGCACAAAUGUCACCUUUAUCUAGUUUUAGUAAGAGACCAAGGCUUACACCAGCAGGUCCUGAUGUAAUUCAACAGCAGCAAAGGGGUCUGCAUAUGGAUGGCCUCCAUGAAUCAGAAAUAAACCGGAAGAAUUCACUACUACAGCAGCAAGCAAUGACAAGAGGAAUUCAGUAUGCCAAUGUAGGCACUCAGAAGUACGCACACCAGAUGUUAGAAGGGGUUGUACAUCAAAAUGCUGCAGCAACAUCAUUUGCUGCAGGACAUCCAGGUAUGAGACAUGGUCUCAAGGAAGAACAGUUUGAGACAGAAAAACUGGAUGGUUCAGUGCUUAGUCAGGGUAAAAAUGAUAUGCAGAUGAUGGAAACAGAAACAGGCCAUUUGGAAACACAGCAACCAUGGUUACAGCAAAGAUUACCACAACCUGUCAUGAGAUCCAAUUUCCCUCAGGCUGGAUGGAACAAUCUCAGCCAAGAUUGUAGGAAGGAGGAACAGCCCCAGAAAAGGAAACCAGCACAAAGUCCUAGGUUAUCUACUGGGGGUUUAGCUCAAUCACCUCUAUCAUCGAAAUCCGGGGAAUUGUCUAGUGGUUCAGCUGGACCCCAUUUUGGAGCAGCUGCAGCAACUGCUGCACUUGGGUCAUCACAAAAGGAGAAGUCAGUGGUUGCUGCUGUUGGUGGAACCCCAUCUUUGACUUCCAGUGCUAAUGAUUCCUUGCAAAGGCAGCACCAGGUUCAAGUUGCUGCAAAACGGAGAUUGAAUUCCCUUCCUAAAACCCUGGUAAUGAGCAAUGUGGGGUCUCCAGCAAGUGGCAGCAAUACAAGCAUUCUGUUAAAUGCAAAUAGUCCUUCAAUUGGGACCCCACCUAUGGCUGAUCAAAGCAUGCUUGAAAGAUUUGCAAAGAUUGAAAUGGUGACUAUGAGGCAUCAACUCAACUGCAAAAAGAAUAAAGUUGAUGAUUACCCUAUCAGGAAACCAAAGACCUAUACACUUCAAAAUCUGUCUGAUCAUCUCUCCAAUUCAACCAGUAAUGAGGAGUUCAAAGAUGAUACUAAUGCAAGGCAGUUAUCAAAGUCUCUUGUAGGUGGCAAUAUGAAUAUCUGCAAGACAAGAUUUAUGGAUUUCAUAAUAACAGAACGAGUACUUCAAGGGAAUGUUGUUUCUUAUGUUCAAAGGGUACGGAAUAAAAUGAUCAUGUCAGAAAAGCCAAAUGAUGGUACUGUGGUGAUGCAUUAUGGAGAAGCAGAUGACUUUGAUGUUCUAUCUGCAGAAGAUUAUCUUCCUACGUUGCCCAAUACUCAUUUUGCGGAUUUGCUUGCAACACAAUUGUUUUCACUGAUGAUGCGUGAAGGAUAUAUUGUGGAAGAUCAUAUUCAACCAAGACCUAUCUGCACUAAUAUUGCUUCAAGCAAUCAACCAAAUGUUUCUGGAGGCCCUCAUAAUAAUUCACCAAUUGAGGUGAAGCAAUACAAUGAAGCAGUACCAGUUCAGCCAUGCAAUGAUCUAAAGCCAACUCUUGGCAGUAAUGCAUCCAUUAAUUCUUCCCACAAUCUACUAGCAAAUACAAGGAUGCUACCUCCUGGAAAUCCUCAGAGUCUUGUGUCUGGAGUAUCAGUGCCUGCAAGACCACAACAGCUAGACCCACAACACUCUCUUCUGCAGCAGCAGCAGCAAAAUCAACAUGCUUUAAUGCAUCAACAAAAUUCACAAUUUCAGAGGUCACAAAUGGUGCUUCCAUCAAAUUCACUCUCUCAUUUAGGUGCAAUUGGACCAAAUUCAAACAUGCAGUUGGGUGGUCACUUGGUAAACAGGUCUUCUCUUCAGCUCCAGCUGUUACAACAGCAGCAUCAACAGCAGCAGCAACAGCAGCAACAACAGCAGCAGCAGCAGCAGCAGCAGCAACAACAACAGCAGCAGCAGCAGCAGCAGCCACAAAUGCAGCAGAGGAAAAUGAUGAUGGGACCUGGAAGAGCUAUGGGUAUGGGAAACAUGGUGAAUAACAUGGUUGACCUAGGAGGUCCGGGCAAUGCUGCGGGCAUUGGAGGUGCAAGGGGAAUGGGACCAGGAAACUCUGGACCUAUGGCUUCUAUAACUGGCAUGAGUAAUGUUGGCCAGACUCCGAUGAAUCUGGGUCAGACUGCAAAUAUCAACACAAUAAGUCAGCAACUUCGUGGUGGACACAUGACUCCUGCAGCUGCUCUGACGAUAAAACAAAGAAUGAGCCCAGCAAGCAUGAUAGGGGGCCCUCAGUCUGGUAUAGCCGGGAUGUCAGGAGCCAGACAGAUGCACUCGGGCUCUGCUGGUUUUCCCCUGCUGGGUCAAUCUCUUAACCGAGCCAACAUGAAUCUAAUGCAACGAAGUCCAAUGGGGCCUAUGGGUCCACCAAAGUUGAUGACUGGGAUGAAUCCCUACAUGAACCAGCAACAGCAACUGGAAUUACAUAAACAGCAGCAGCAACUGCAGUUACAGCAGCAGCAGCAGCAGCAACAGUUUCAGCAGCAGCAGCAGCAGUUACAGCAGCAGCAGCAGCAGCAGCACCAACAGUUACAGCAGCACCAUCAACGUCAACAGCUGCUUCUGCAGCAGCAGCAGCAGCAGCUGCAGCAAGAAACAACUUCAACUUCUUCAUCGCUACAGUCUGUUGUUUCACCUUUACAAAUAGGGUCACCGGCAACCAUGGGAAUUCCACAACUGAACCAUCAAACCCAACAACAGCAACCCCAGCAACAGCCCAGCCCGCAGCAAAUGAGCCAACGGACCCCAAUGAGCCCACAGUUGAGUUCAGGAGCAAUCCAUGCCAUCAGUGCUGGUAAUCCAGAGGGUUGCCCCGCUAGUCCACAGUUGAGCUCUCAAACCCUUGGUUCUGUUGGAAGCAUCACAAAUUCUCCAAUGGAGCUCCAAACUGUGAACAAAAGCAACCCCGUUAGCAAUGCAUAAUCAAGUUCAACAUUUUUUGGUCUUGCUUCUUGAGUUAUGGCUCUAUUUCCUCCCAUUUAGAGCAUGAGAACUCUCGGUAUUUCUGUGCAGAAAUAGAAAGCUGAUAUUGCAGUCAGAUAAAUGGACUAAAUUCCGUAGCAUUGGAGCAAGCUGGAAGGAGAAAAUUCUCAUCAUGUGUAGUUACUUUAGUAAUCUAAAACUCGAGCUGCUAAGUGUCAGCUGAUUUGCUAUUUGUGUUCUUGUGGCAUAUUUUAUAUACAGCCAAGUUGUUGAUUAGCAAUUUUGCAACAACGAACCAUGUAAUAAGUAUGCAUAAAGGAACCUCGCUGGCGUAAAAUUUCCAUGGUA